UUCAGCUUCAAAAGGCUAUUAAGCAAAAUUGUCCGAGAAGGAAAAUAUAAUUGUGUAGUCUACUCCCUCGGACGUUAAAGUGUUCCUAGCAUGCCGGUGAUUCCUGCAUCAAGAGGUCGCUCCAAGAACAAACUUGUUACUCACUAUUUAGAAGUAGAAAGGUGUCUGUGAAUUUUCUACGUGUAGAAAACUACCAAAGACCAACUCGUUCCUACGAAAUUGCCAGGGCAAACGGUUUUCGUGGGUAGUUAUCCUGAUGUUUCCGUGGCUCGUGUCUUACCCCAUAUUUUUUUUCCGUUUUGUUUUUGAUACUACGUGCCAUCUUAGUCUAUUAGAAAUGUUCGCACUCCCAGGAGGUUCAAUAAUCUUCAUAGUCAAGGCCAAUUGUCAAUCAUGUGAUUAUAGAAAGUUAUUAUUUUUAUUAUUAUUAUUAUGUUCGCGCGCGACCCUACCGCCUCACACGUGACGCGCUCGCGAGCGCCCUUACCUUCUGUCGUUAAGGACGUUGAUGUAAGGGCUCAAGGGGCCUUCCUGGCGAUCCGGUGGCUGUAGUGGUAGAAGGUGAAUGAUAGAUACUAACGCUCAGCUUCAACAGCUGACUCCGUGUCUCGCGACAAACUUCUUCAUGCUAUUACUUUUCUUUAUAUAAUGACUCACCGUGAAGAGGCAGUAUUGUAGUAUACAGUCAUACCGAAGGUUUACAAGCUGAAGAAUUAGUACCACGCGAGGGUUCUGUUCAGGAGCUUCAGGAUAAUUGUUUCGACUUCUGUAUCUUCUGUAUGUGUGUUGAUGAGGAGAUCAUGCACCAGUGAUAGGAAUACUCCUAGAGCUAUGGCGCUUGCAAGUUUGCGACACUCUAGUGGUCCCCUGACGUCUGACUCACUGAGCAGCAGUAUCCUGGCACGACAUGCCGCGCACCAUGCUGAGAGGGAAGUGGGUGAACAGACAGCCGAAGAAAAUAUAGAAGAUGCUCCGUCUCAACAGGCAUCAGCCUCAAUGCGACGCGGCAGCGAACGCAAUGGCAGCAGUAGACGGCGGUCUUCAAGAAGCGUUUCGACUGUAGCAUCCCCCUCUGCUCUUGCUGUAGAGCCACGUGAAAAAGUAGAGGCAAGAAAUUUACGGCUACAAGGGUUUCCUCUUCGUAUGAGAAAUUGCACAUAAUAUGCACAAAACAAAGACAGACGAGCUGACAGAUGCGGGUAGAAGGUGGUCAUCAACUUGAUGUAUCUAGAAAGUACGUUGUUGUAUCUAUGGAUGUCUAUUCACUUGGUGCGUGAUAAACAUCCUUUUUUUUCCAUUUCUGUGAUUUGGCAACUUCUUUGGAGCUGUAAUUUCGAGAGUUCUUCUUCUAACAAAUCAUGGACCUGGUGCGACAGCCAGUAAAGAUGAGGAGAAGCAUAGCCCCAAGGUGGAGGAAGAUAUAGCACGGGCAGGGCCAGUUGAUGUCGCCGCGAUGCUUGCCGAUGUUUCGAGAGUGCUUGGGAGCACCUCAGCGGUAACGGGAGGCCCAGUGAAGAAACUUGCGCCAACGGAGGAGGACUUGGAGAAGGCCGCGGCAGCCGAAGUGCGGCGAUUUCAUUUUGAAGUCGCUGAGUUCGUCUUCCGUAUCUGUCAGGCUGCUUUACCCGGAGUGGAGUGGAAAAUCGGGGAGUCCUUACCCGGCAAUUGUAAACUCAUCCUCAAUAUUGGUCUCUUGUAUCCGCAUCAGAUCUUAAGGCGCAAAGGAGAACAAGGUCGUUCUAAUUCUCUUAUAAUAUACAAUUUUGUUGUGAUUUCGUUGCGUUGUACUUUUGAAUGCCGGGGGGUCGAUUACCUGUGUAAGUUGUUGUAGAGCGUCGAAAACCAAAACUUCCGAUAUUGCCAUGAUAUUGAUACCGAGCGGUCUCAAUCUCACCGAGGCAACACUGUGGCACUGAUAUAGCAACUCGAACUCGAUGUCUAUUCUUGCUUGGUAAUAUAUAAAACUUCUGGUUGUAGUACCAUCUAUCUGCAUUUAUCAUGUAGAUGUAUGAUGGUCUCCAAUCAUCAUCUAAUGCUUGGACCGCCACCUUACGAGCAAAACAAGUCGCGUGCUGGCAUUGUCAUGCGGGUCAUGCGCCCGAAGCUUGGGAUGAGCGAAAGCAAGGAGUUUCAGGUCAACGGCGAGGCAUGGAUGAAGCACAAGCGAAUCGAAUACCCAAUUGAGGAUGUGUGGAAAGCCAUAGAGGAGAUGCUGUACGAACGAGGGUUCGUCAAGGUGCGCACGGGAAAAAGUAAGGAUUUAUUAGCCGAUACUGCAAACAAACGGCAAGAGUGUGUCUUCAACGAGCUCGAAUUCUUUGCGGAGGGAGGAGAAAUAGUUAUGCCUGAUGAUUAA